CCGCUGUCAUUGACUUGUCGACGUCGUGGGGGUGAGACCGAAUCCAGCAAAGUAGGAAACGGGAGGGGAGAAGCUUCUUUUACUUCCGCGCGGCGAUCUCCCGUCCAAACCCACCCAUCCAACCCACCGCCCAAGGUCGCCGCGGAUCUAGCAGCCUCGUCGGAGCGGAGAUGAAGAUCACGGCGCUCGUCGUGCUGAAGCCGUCGGCCGGGGGCGUCGGGGGCUCCUCCUCCAGCGGCGGGCAGGGCUCCGAGGCGCUCGUGCUGGCCAACGCCACGGACGUCAGCCACUUCGGCUUCUUCCAGCGCGGCGCCGCCCGGGAGUUCAUCGUCUUCGUCGCCCGCACCGUCGCCCAGCGCACCCAGCCCGGCCAGCGCCAGUCCGUCCAGCACGAAGAGUACAAGGUCCACUCACACAACAGAAAUGGCCUCUGCGUGGUGGCAUUUAUGGAUGACCACUAUCCUGUACGAAGUGCAUUUUCUCUUCUGAAUAAGGUACUUGAUGAAUACCAGAAGGCUUUUGGGGAUGCUUGGAAAGCCGCCACAGCAGAUUCCACUCAAGAGUGGCCUUUCCUGAUGGAAGCUUUGACAAAAUUUCAGGAUCCUGCAGAGGCUGACAAGUUAACAAAAAUUCAGAGGGACUUGGAUGAAACAAAAAUUAUCCUACAUAAAACUAUAGAGAAUGUCCUUCAAAGAGGAGAGCGAUUGGAUAGCUUGGUUGAAAAAAGCUCAGACCUGAGUGCUGCUUCACAGAUGUUCUACAAGCAGGCGAAGAAAACAAACAGUUGUUGUACUAUACUUUGAAGCUUGAACUGUGAUCCUCCAAUCUUUCUUGGAAGGCUCCAG